GAUGAUAAUAAUGGAUGACCCCCGGCAAAAAAGAUAAGAUUUUUACAGAUUCUGCCUCGAUCAACAGACUCUAAUCAGCAGCAAAUGUGGAGCGUCACCGGAGCAUUGACUGUGGCGGUGCCGCCUACCGCCGCCGCUUGCCGUACGAAACCCUUUCUCAUCUCCUCUUCCUUUCCCAAGCAGACAAAGAAACUCCAUCUCUCUUCGCCUUCUCUGUCUCUACCAUCAUCACAUUUCUCCUCCUCUUUCAAAACCGCAGCUACCUCCAUCGAGCAACAGUCUUCUGUUAACAAGGGAGAGAGCACCAAGUACCAUUUCCUGGUAGCAAACGCUAAAUUCAUGCUUGACGAAGAGGAGCACUUCCAGGAGCAAUUGUUUGAACGUCUCCGUUACUUCGGUGAGCGUGAAUUAGUGCAAGACUUCUGGCUUGUCAUUGAGCCUAAAUUCCUUGACAAUUUCCCCAAAAUUACUCAAAGACUUCGUCGUCCUGCUGUUGCUCUUGUUUCCACCAAUGGCACCUGGAUCACGUUUAUGAAGUUAAGAUUGGAUCGUGUUCUGUAUGAUUCCUUUGAAGCUACCUCUCUUGAUGAAGCUUUGGCCUCCAAUCCUACCACUCUUGAGUUCGAUAAGCCUAAAAAUUGGGUGGCGCCAUACCCCAAGUAUGAACCUGGAUGGUGGGAUACCUUCUUGCCUAAAGUAACCCAAGAAUCUGCAGUAUAGAACUUUGCUUUUUGUCUUGUUUUUGCAUUCUCCAAUCUCAGCUUUGUCUUAGUGCUUCAAAGUUUUGUACUACUGAGCUCAUUAUCCAAGUCUAUAUCUUUCCUAGUGUAGCUUCUAUUACUCAAAGUUGCCUGUUUGAUACGUCACUGACUCAAGGUUAAGCAUAGAACUAGACAACAAAAAGCAUCCUCACAUUUAGCUCCAUCAAAGUCUUAAGGGUGACCAUAUUUGUUGAUUUCUCACGAGAAUAUUGGCAAGAACCUUCAGUUAAAGCUCUAGGUAUUAAGUUGUCUAGUCACAGGAGGGCAAUAUGCCUACUCGCUGAAGAACUUUGCAAAAGAUCUGAAUUUUUUGGUUUUCAAAACGAUUUGUGGACUCGGAACAUGUUGUUACUCGUUAGGUCUAG